AUGGACCUCAUGCACAUCCACCGACAGCCCUCGCGGCUCUACAUCCUAAUUCUCAACUUUGCCACCCUGCUGGCGAGUUUGGUGCUGUUUGCUGCAGGUAUCCAAGAACUGGCGGGGGGACAGUCACAGCUCCCUCUCCACUCUGACGCCAUCUCGUGGGCACUCAUCGCCCUGGGUCUUGUCGUCUUCUUGGUGUCUGUCCUCGGCGGCAUCUCUGCCCUGUCCCUCUCUAAGCGCAUUGCCUACAUCUACGGAACCCUGCUGUUGAUCCUGGUGCUCCUCCAGCUCAUCUUUCUGAUCUAUGCCAUGAUCCGACACGACCACGUCGACAGUAUGAUGGACAACGCGUGGCAAAAGGCAUAUGACACGAACGAGCGAGCAUUGCUGGAUCUGGAGACGCGCUUUCACUGCUGUGGCUUUGAAAAGGUCACCGACCGUGCUGUCCCCAAGGCCUACAAGAAAGCCUGCAUCAACUCGCCUGCUUUUGGGUACAAUGUCUCGUGCAAGCAGCAGCUCCAUAAUGUCUUCUAUGAUCAUGAACGCUUGACCAUUGCGGCCAUCACUGGCGUUGUGGCCCUUCAGCUGUUGGCAUUGGGGACGAUCGUGUUGGUGAAGAGGCACCUGAGCGAUGACACGAUCGAGGACCGCUACUCGGCCGGGCACUCCCAGAGACUGCUCCGCGGUCUGCGCAGCGAAGACGAGGGCCGUUCAGGAUACGGCGACCAGUCUGGAUCUGCGGAGACCCGAGGCGAUUACGGAUCGACUCUCGGCUAG